AGAGGGACAGGACUCCCUCCCCUAAAAUAUGGGGAAACAAUGUAUCGGAGAGGAGAUGCUCCGGGUUACUUUGUUGUAACUAGUUUUCAAGAGCACAUCGGGACGGGCUGGGAAGUAUGAAGGAGAUGGUUGGAGGUUGCUGCGUGUGUUCUGACGAGAGGGGAUGGGCUGAGAAUCCUUUGGUCUACUGUGACGGGCAUGGUUGCAAUGUUGCUGUUCAUCAAGCUUGUUAUGGAAUCGUUCAGGUCCCAACUGGUCCCUGGUUCUGCAGGAAGUGUGAAUCUCAGGAGCGAGCUGCUAGAGUGCGCUGUGAACUCUGUCCCCAUAAAGAUGGUGCCCUCAAGAGGACUGAUAAUGGAGGUUGGGCCCACGUAGUCUGUGCUCUUUACGUCCCAGAGGUGCAGUUUGCUAACGUUAUCAGUAUGGAACCCAUUGUGCUGCAGUAUGUUCCCCAUGAACGCUUCAACAAGACCUGUUACCUCUGUGAAGAACAAGGUCGGGAGAGCAAGGCAGCCACCGGAGCCUGUAUGACCUGUAACCGGCAUGGCUGUCGACAGGCCUUUCACGUCACUUGCGCUCAGAUGGCUGGCCUCUUGUGUGAAGAACAGGGCUCGGAAAUCGAUAACGUGAAGUACUGUGGUUACUGCAAGUACCAUUUCAACAAAGUGAAGAAAUGUCGGCAUUCGGCUAGCACUGCCUAUGACCAAGGCCUCAGUGAUUCGUCAUCCCAUUCUCAAGAUAAACUGAGCUCCCUGUAUGACAAACAGAGGAAGAGUCGAAAGGACAGGGAGAGGCCCAAGCAGAAACUCAAGAAACCUACAGAAUCGUUGAACACUGUCGUUAGCACGGUUACAGUUACAGCAGAAAAGACUUGCACAACUGCUGGCAGCAGCAGCAGCAUCUACAUGUCAGGGACCUUGAGAGGUUUGGAUCAACCCACAGCUCCCUUUACCAAUAAACAUUUCCAGGGAGCAACUGCGCCGCACGUGAGUGGGAAGGAGACGACAGAGGUCACCAAGUCAGAGGUCAAAGGGAAGAAGGCUCCUAGUCAUGGCUCCAGCCAAAGGGGACGAAAACCAGGCAGCGGGAAGAGCUUGGCCAGUGUUUCCACCGUGUCAUCAGCAAGUCCAUUUCAGCAAGGCAGUCUCCUGAGCACCUCCAGCAGUUCACUGCAGCCCUCCCAGGAGGUUGGAAUAUUCAGCAAGCCUGACCUGCGAGGGGACACCUACUCAGUUGGUCGCAAUUCCUCGCAGAGUCCGGCCUCCUACGACACAGCAAAAGGGGACGUUUUUGCGGCUGAGGGGACUCUGUCGAGCUUCAACUCUUUGAUCCGCUUCAGCUCUGCCCCUCCCGCCCCGAAGAAGCCGCCCGAAAGCUCCCCCACGGACUUCAGGACUUCCGGUGGGAUGGGUGGCCCUUCGAGCGGGGGAACCGGUUACAAGAGGCCGCAGCCGGUAGCUGGGAUGGAAGAGGAAGAGACGGUGAAGGAGAAGAGGCACAAGGCUAGCAAGAAGAGCAAACAUGGAAGGGGGAGGCCCAAAGGGAGCAAGAACGAGAGCAGCCCAAGUCUCGCCAUCCCUAUCUCCCUCAUCACGUCAUCAGCAACUGACCUGAGUGGAUGCAUCACUAGCCCCGCACUCCCAAAGUUAACAUCGUCAACAAGUUACAGUGGAGCCAUCCCGAGUCUGUCUAUUGAACCUUCACUUCUGGGUUCAGGUGUCUAUGCGAAUAAGGAAAUUCCCUUGACACUCAGCGGCGGAAUGUUAGGAACUGGAUGCAGCACGCCCCUUUCAUCCAAUAUCCUGCCCCAUCACCGGACUGGCCACCUGAUGCACCUCAGCCGACCAUCACUACCUGGGACCAUGACUGCUACGGCGUCCAUUAGCUCCUCGCAGGUGCUCUCCUUACCUGGUUCAUCGUAUAAUCUCACUCCUUCCAAUGUCUUUGGAGGACCAAUCACACCUGGUUCAUCCAUUACUUCACUGUUAAACCCGGUGGAAACCAGUCAAACAGAACCGGAUCUGGACGACAACGAUUGCAGUUUUGUCUGCAGAGGCAGUUCAUCCAGGGGGAGCCUAUCUCCAACCUCACCCAUUGGCGGCUUGUCCAUGUUGUACGAUCAGACCAUACCGAGUCAGCUGGAGAAUGUACCACAAACAACGUCUAACAUAGAGGAGCUCCUGGACAAGCACUGGAGUGGAGAGGGAGGCAUUGACAUUGUGGACAUGUUAAAAUCAUUACACCUGCUUCAGUUAGAUAACCGACGCUUACAGGAACAGAUCAUGAAUCUCUCUGCAAAGAAAGAGCGUCUUCAGCUGCUGAAUGUCCAGCUCUCCAUCCCUUUUGCAAGUGUGACAUCCAGCAAUGGUCCGUCCUCCCAGGCACAUUUAAUGACCUCCCAGAAUGCUUGCAGCUCUGAGUUGCUGAACAGCAGUAAGAGUCCCCCCUCAAAAGGCAGUUUCAUAACCGAGAACUCGCUCUCCGCAUCAUCAGAGGAUCUCCGCUCUGGUUGCCACAGUAGAAGCAGUUCAUCUUCCUCUUUACAGAGUACCCCACCUCUUCCUCUCCCUCCACUUCAACAAAGUCCGGUCUCACUCCAAAUCCCAGGCAUGACUGGAAUUCAGCAGCAGGUCAAUGGCCUAACCAGGACCUGCGUGGGAAGCCUGAGCACUGGAGUUUCCAUGGCAACUACCGCCUUCUCCACCACGCCAACGAUGGGCGGGAUGAUGGGAUGCCCUCCAGGAAACCAGUUGACCAGCAACGGUAUUGUCGGUCCAUUGAAUGGUGUCAACCAAUCGCCUGCAUCUGUGGCAUCGAUCCAUAACUCCCUCCCACAUACAUCUGCAUCCCUUAAUGUUCCACCGCUAACCAGCCUCUCUAACAGCAGCGUCUCCAGAGUGGGCCAAAUACCUGACCAACAAAGACAGUUCCUGUACCAACAGCAACAGCAGCAGCAGUUACAACAGCUACUGACCUCUCAGCAGCUCACUCCGGACCAGCAAGCAUUGAUUUAUCAGAUGAUGCAACAGCAACAGCAGCAGCACAGACAGCGUGAGCUCCAGCGGCUACAGAUGUCUGGAACAUCACAACACCCCGUCACCAAUCUCUUACAAGGAUCUCCGUCCCUGCCUGUCCACUCAGGCCCAAAUAACUCUUUCCUUUCUGUUCACACCGACAACAGUGUACAGAAAGCACAGAGAUUGAAUGACAAAGUCAAUCAAGAGAAGAGCUGACGUCCUGCAGCACAGCAUGAUGGUGCAUUGAGGGCAAUGAUCCAGGGCCCUUCUCCUUCACAACUUCUCUUGAAGUCAAAGGCCAUGGGUCAAGAGUUGAAAAGCCUUGGAUAUCUGCUGCUGACUGACGGGCUCUGGCACAUGGAGGCAGAAGGAAAUAACCUGGAAGGAAGAGGACUCGUUGCAUCCUCUCGGGAAACAACAAAUGAUGCUUCUUUGCAGAGUGGGGGUGUGGGAGCUACUGGAAUGUUUUGGUAUCUUUAAUCGAACAGCAGUUCCCUAGCGAGUCAUUGGAAUCACAAGCAGUGGAAAUUUGAGUUUGCCACUGUGGUGGAAAUUAGGAAAAUGGAUGUUGCUGCUGUAUAGACUUCAAAGAACCACCUCUCGGCACAGAGUCAGAGGAUGGGAAAAACUUUUAGCGUACCAUCCAUCUGUCUGAACUUGUGGUUAGCAAUAUCUUUGGUAUCUUCCCCGGCAUUGUCUUCUAUGUCAGCUAUCGCAUCUUAUUUUUCCUUUUGUUUUGUGUUUAUGUGUGUGUGUAUUUGUGUUCAGUCGAUAUGUGACACAGACAACUGUUUGAAGAAUUAUUAUCUUUAAACAGACAAAGCUAUGAGGCAGAGGAUGGUUUGGGCUUGCUGAAGACAGUAAGUUGCUGCUGAAGGCACCCUGCACGUGGACUAUGUAACCCUCCUCCUCCUCCUCCUCCUCCUCCUCCUCCUUCUUCUUCCCAAACUGGAUGAGUGGGAAAUACCUGGAGUUCAGAGAGCUUGAACCAUCAGGCCAAAGUGUGCCAGGUUUAGACUUCUGUUCGUAUGUGCACCAUGAGUUCCAGAAAUAUUGCCUGAUAUAAUGAGGAUAUUUGAUGAGCAAUAUUUUUGUGCGGGGUUGGGGGGAUGAUUUUUUUUUAAUAUAUAAUGUUGUUCAUUCGGGAUUUGUAGCCUUACUCCUUGAGAAGAUGUUGGUGAGCUGCUUUCUUGAAGUGUAGUAAUCCAGGCUUGCCCAGUGCGGUAAGUAUUGUGUUCCAGGGUUUUGACCCACUGAUGCUCCAAUCCCUUACACCACUGGGUGGUUUAUAAUUCAUACCAGCAUUGGUAGAAGCCCAAUGUUACAUAACCUUCUGAUUCAGGAAAUGAAGCAGCCCUUGAGAGGCGAGAACAAGAGGCCGAGAAUAAAAUAAUGAAGAUGUGUAAAAUAAGAAAAACCAGGUUUCCUCACACUGAGUAUGAUGGAAACUUGAAAUAAAGCUAGGAAGUGUGCUGUCGGAAGGAGAAAGUCCGUUUUAGCCUAGGAUCUCGAUCAAAAGCUGACCUGCACUUUCUCUUUCAGACACUGAGCAACCUGUAACCUGUUUUAUUGCUGUGCAAUCUGAGCUCAGACUGGUUGAGUUUUCCCGCCAUGAUUUGCUCUUCAUCACAAGAGAGCGCGAAGAGUAGACCGUGGCUUAAUGGGAUCAUGGUUGAUGUUGCAGAUUUGUCCUGUGACUGUCCACUCAUCUCUCUGCGAAGAUUUCAUGCUAACCUCUGUGAAGCCAUAGUUUCCCUUUGCAUUACUUCUCUCUUUCCUCAACAGGCUUAGACCAGUAAAACUGAGCUGUAUCGCCUUAUCCUCAAAUGUCAUUGAAAGGGCUAAUUCAGCCUGACACCGACCUACAUUUGGUUGGCCACAGUGUCUCUAUUGGGACUGUGCUGUGUUGCUGGAAUGUUUCGCACAUUGGGUCAGUUCGGUUUGAAGUUUUAGCUGGUCAGAAAUGGGACGUUUUCUGAAUGUUGUGUGGAUGCUGGUUUUACAGGCUGCCUGUAGGGACCUGGAGUGUGGGAGGCCCAUUAGAGACUUGAAUCUUUGAGAGGAAGCCCCAAGGGAGUGGGAGUCUCAGGGGCCCUGCCAACGAUCAGGUGUCUGGAGCACUCUUAUUCAUGUUGGCAAAGGUCCGUGGUGCUUUCAGGAGGUGAAGCCCGCUGACCUUUGGAUCCGAACAAAGCUACAAUUAACCCAUGACAUUCUACUAUCUCAAUAAUUCCCUGCUGUGACAUUGCAUUUCUAACUGGCUGAGCCACACCAGUUCCAAUCCCAUUGCCCGCCCGUAAACCAGUGGCUACUUGGGAGGAUGAUUGGUUGGCUGACCAGGAAAUCCUGCUAUUUUGUUGCCCCAUCUGUGAACAAUGGUGGCUAAUAGACUGAACUGUUCCAGAUGGUUUAACUUGACGUGGUGUGACCUUGCUGAUGGCUGAGCUUCCUCAUGUUGGGGUGGGUUAUCGCUUUUGGUGCUUGUGUCCUGUUACCGAGCUGCUGUGGCCAGUAAACGUCAGACCGGCAGAAUUGCCAUUUUCCUCUUCCAUCACUGGUAAAUCUUGUGCUGACAGUCAACAUCUGGAAUCUUCAUGCCACCGUCGCAAACAUCCUUACAGAGGACCUUUGGGUGUCCAACACGUCAACUGACUCCAGCCACCUCACCACUUGGGUCUGUGGCCAUAUUGCAGUCAAGCCAGAACGAACCGAAUCCAUCUCUGGUUGAUGAGUGCCAACAGACUUGGGGUGGACUCCGUCCACGAAGGGACAAAUGCUUUCUUAUUUUUGUGACUUUUGAUUAAUUUCUGAGUUUUGCUGUCAAAACGCCUUGAGUCGACCUGUUGAGUUUGCUUUACUCGGUGAUGGUCAAUGUCUGAGACCCAGGGCACACACUGUGGGCUUUCUUCACUAGAAACACAGCUGCAGUCCACUAACAGAAGCAACUACAGCAGGGAAAAGAAAGGCUUGUGUUUCUACAGGAAAGAAUUUCCGUCCAAUGGGACCAUCUAGCAAUGAUAGGUUUUGGAUUAUUUGAACCAAUACGUUCUGGGGACUGGGUUGGGAGGUUGAUUUGUGAUGUGUCUUGCAAUACUUGCACUUUAUAUGGAAAUCAGACUGCUAUGCAUCAUUGAUUGAGAAUAAUUUCUUCCUGAGCUUUUCACUGUGCUGCCCCAAUCCAGUGGAAAAUUCCCAGUCGGUUUUGAUCUCAUGCUGUUGCAGUUGGAAGCAUGAAUAAACUCUGCCCUAUAGAUGUUUAGAAUGAUGCUAAGUAUAGCUGACAGUAUACUUCCUCUUCUCUUGCCAUCAUCCUUCAGGUUAAUGAGGGACCUAGCACAAUUGCCAACCCUCCAGGAUUGCCUUGAAGUCUCCAGGAUUAUUCAAGGUUGCAUGCAAAUUUGGUGGGGGAGGGGGACAGAAAAUUCAUAGGAAGCAACAAAUUUUUUUUCUCCAAAUUAAUUUUACUUGCAUACUAACUAUCAAAGCAAUCUUGGACAUGGGAAUAAAGGACUGUUGAUCGAAAGGUCAAGAAUCACUCGAUUGGGUAACACACAGGAUAUUAGCUUUCCUAUUGGCAAUGGGAAGGUGGGCAGUCACCAUGAUGGACCUGUCAAGCGGCCAAUGGUGGGAACUUGGAGGCAGGCAGUUUGGAGGCUGGAGAUCCAGGAAUGAAGCCUCCAGGAAAAAGUCCGAGUGGAGUUGGCAACUCCAGUGAAAUGCAUCCCAAUUUCUGCUCAACAUGCUAAAAGGGUCAUUUGGAGUGUGGCAAUUUCUGCCAAAGGAACUUCCAGUGUUUCUCAAGAAAAGCAAUUUUGAUAGAUAUAUUUUAAAAAAACAGCUUUAUUCAGAAACCUUUGUAAAUAAAAUACACAGGAACUGUACAAAACUGUGGGUGCUAUUGAGGGACGCUGCAAUAAUGAAGAAGCAGUUUGUGUGGUUCAUCCUGUAAAUGAGGAAGGCAGUCAAUUAAAUCUUCUUGGUUUUAUAUUGAUAGAAAACUUCCAGUUUAAAAAAAAGUUUAACUUGUAUUCAAGAAAGCUAUGUUUUCUUAGGAUCCUUAACUAUCUUCCAUUCUUUGCAAUUGCCUAAAUAAUUGGGGUUCAAACAGUUGAAUUUCUCUCACACAUUAACCCAGCCAUGUGGUGUUGGUAACACCAGCCAGCCCAUUCUGUAAUGGCCUGUCCACUUUAAAUUACACUUUGAUUAAAGGGUUAUAUCUGAGACACUGGACUUCUGUUUAACUUCGAUUGAUUGGAUGAGUUCUGUGUUGUUCCUUCAGAAUUAUUGGCAAGAAUAUUGGGGUUGUGUUGUUGGGGAGUGGGGGCGAGGGGCGUUGCUGGAUAUUGGGAUGUUGUGACUAGGAGAUGUGGUAUAUGGAGGUGAGUGUCAGUGGUUGAAUUCUAUAAGCUGACAAGACACUAUUAAAUUAAAAGAGAGCUGGAAAGUGCAGAGUUUAUCGCUUUCAGUGUCACACACUCACUUUUGUAAAAAUUAUCAAUUUUUGUUUGCCCCUUCCCAAGACUGAGAGUCGACCCUUGGUCUCAAUCUUAUCAACAGCUAGGCAACAGUUGGGCAUUGAAUUGUUCUGGAAGACUGUAAUUAUUGAAGUUGUGGUGGGGCGCGGGCAGGAUCAAAGUAAAAGGGGAUCUUACACUUGAUCAUCAUCUCACAGCUGCUACUAUGAAGGGCACAUAUGUAUCUGUACAAGAGACCUUAACCCCUUCAAGUGGAAAUAAGCUGUAAGAAAAUUGUAUGCUGUCUCUGCUUCUACCAUCUUGCCAUCAAUAGCAUUAGUUUUGAAUCAAGUCCGGUGGAUCAUUUCAUAAUUAAAUGAGUGCUAUCUUUCUCGUUAGCUAUUUGAAUAUUUCAUAGUGCUCAGAGUGUCAUGUGUUUACGAACCCAGUUUAACAAUUCGGAGUUGGAUCCCUGAUGUACUUUGCUGACAAAUCAAAACUCUUAUUGUUUCAAUUUUUGACAAAGAACAUGGAUAAAUUGCCCUUUAAAACAAUACAGAGCAGAACAGGUCCUUCAGCCCUCUAUGUAGCUCCAAUUUAUGAACUAAUCUAAGCCCAUCCCCCACACUAUCCUCUCAUUAUCCAUAUGGUUAUCCAAGGACUGUUUAAAUGCCCCUAAUGUGGCUGAGUUAACUGCAUUGGCAGGCAGGGCAUUCCACGCCCUUACGUUUUUUGUUUACUUUCUAAGUAAAACAAUGCAAAUCAAUCAUGUAAUGAUAAUAACCUUUUGUGUGUGGAAGUAAUGUAACCUAUACUUCAUUAUCCCAAUGACGAACUAAUGUUAGUGCGAUUUUGUGUGGAGGUGUUUAAUGUUUAUACCAAAAGGAAUGAAACUUGAGCGAUAAUUAAGGGAAGCUUCCUUCCACAUGCGUAGUGCAUCUGAAUCAUUAAGCUGUUCUAAUGAAAAAGGGUCUUUGAAAAUUUGUUCAUGGCAUGUGGAUGUUGCUAGUUAGUCCAGCAUUUAUUGAUCAUCCCUAAUUUCCCAAGAGAAGAUGGUGUUGAGCUGUCUUCUCGAACUGCUGCAGUCCUUGGGGUAUACAUUCAGAGUGCUAUUAGGAAGGGAGUUUCAGCAUUUUGACCUAGUGAUACUGAGUUUCAUUAUGAUUUGCUUCAGUGUAACUUGGGUCUAGGAUGGGUCCAGGAAUUGUAGUUAAUCCUAGGACACUGCUAUGAGUGUGACUCCUGAGAAAAAUAAUAGGAGCAUUAAAGUAAAACUUUUUGAAUUUAUUUAUCCAAUUUUCUUUGAUUUUUUUUUGCUUUAUGUAGUUGCAAAAGUCUUGGAAACUGAGUGAGGUGAAACUCCGUCACCAGAGUCAAGAAUCGUCCAAUUGAAUAGUAAAGAGCCUGUUUCUUUCUCCAAUUGGCUGGGGAAAGGGAGCAUCACAGGGGGGGGGUGGACUUAUCCAAAACCUUGUGGUGGGAAAAUAGAGGGGCAGUUUGAGUUUGGAGGUCACGAAAUGUAACCUCCAGGAAUAUGUCUAAUCAGAUUUGGCUGGCUCACCUGUACCAGGCAGAGCGGUAACAUGCGUGGUCAGGCUCUAAAUGAUGAGACAUGUUUGCAGGCAGCAUAUGUUAUCAGGAACAUGAUAACUAUCAAUUUGGUCAAUACCACAUGUCUGUUUGGUUCACAAUGAUUCUGAUUGUUUGGGUUUUUUUUAGAAAUAGAUGAUUUAAUAAUGAAAGUAUCAGAGUGGGGAUUGAUUUGGAUGACCUAGUUUUGGUCUCCAUUAUAAUUUGUUAUUUGUUUUCCUAUGCACUUUUUAAAUGUGGGAGCGGUGGGCAUCUUGUGAUUGACCGUCAUGUGGCACACUGUAAACUGGUUUCACUGUUUUUGGUAGAGUUUGUAGCAUUUCAUAUAAACCGGUGUUAAACCGUAGCUACAGACAAUUCGACACAUGGUGUAGCAUCAGGAUUCUGUGCAAGUAAUGUAAAUAAUUGAAGACAAGCAUCAUUGUAAAAAUGUCUCCUUUUAGAUUACAGAGCAUUUAUAAAAUGUACCAUGCAUUUUUUAAAAAAAUGUUUUUAACGUUCAACUUGUUAAACUUGUGUAGAGGCUUAUCUUAGGAUAAUGUAACACCCACCAUGACUUGGUACAAUGCCCAGUGUGUAACUUGGGUCACCCACAAUUGGAAUCUUCCAGGUGUGCGUGUGACUCAUCUGUCCAGUCAGCUAGUUGUAGUUGGCACGCAGAUGGCGGGAUGCUGCAAUUUCUCUCGUGCACAAUCCAGAGGGUUCUUGCCUCAGACACAAUGACCUCCCAUCAGAAGAAACAUUCAUGAGUGACCAUUGGGAGGAGGAUGGGAUUGCUCAAUGGCGAAGCUUUCCACAGUUGAAUUGCUGUCCGACCCCCUCCCUCACGGAUCACGCACUAUUUUGCAUGAGUAGGUAGCCCAUCAAGCAUCUGCAGAGGUGCAAAUCACAUUUGAGGGAGAAAUCCACAGCCCGAUCAAGACAAGGAAUGAAAGGAUUGUUCUCUGGCUGCACCCUGUGCGCUCAUGCAUUUUUCUUAAAUAGUCUGAUGUUCGUAACUCUGAGUAGAAAUUGUACAGGUGCUUCAUUCAAUUUGUAAAUAAACUCAUUUCAAAUAUUAUUUGUCAAAAGUAGAAAAAAAACAAAAAAAAAACUAAAUAUUCUCAUUUGUAAUAUUUCUAUGGGAACAUUUUGCCUUAGAAAGAGAUUUAUCUGUCUGGGUUUAUUUAUUUGUUUUUUUUUAAAAUAACUUUACAAUUAUACACAGAACUGUUGCUGAUGGUCAUGUUGCCUGUGUGCAACAUGUGAAUUGAGUAAAUGUAAGAGAGAUAUUUUACU